CCAAGUCUCGCGUUGCAGUAGAUUCGUGAGAGCCAUUUCAGAAGUGGAAAAUUUAUUAAAAGUGACGAUUUAGACCAAACAGCGGGGAUCUAACAGCACCGGAACAUUCAUAAAGGUCCGUGAAGAGGAUUUAAAGGAGGAAACAUGUCUGACAGUGAAGACAGCGACUUUUCUGACAACCAGAGCGAGCGGAGCAGCGAAGGAGAAGCGGAGGAGGCGGAGGAGGUGGAGGAGAACGAGGAUGAGGGCGGGAGUCCGGUUGGGAGUGACAAAGCCGCAGAUGAAGAGGGGGAGGACAUCAUGGACGAUGAAGACGAGUACGAUGAAGAGGAGGAAGAGGAGGACGACGACCGGCCGCGAAAGAAGCCCAGACACGGAGGCUUCAUCCUGGACGAGGCCGAUGUGGACGACGAGUACGAGGAUGAGGACCAGUACGAGGAGGGAGCAGAGGACAUUCUGGAGAAAGGUUCAGACUAUGCUGAAGUGUCCAACCUCGACCACAUUCCUCUGGACGACGACCACUCGGGCUCCAGGCGUCUGCAGAAUCUGUGGAGAGAUUCCAGAGAGGAGGCGCUGGGGGAGUAUUACAUGAGGAAAUACGCCAAGUCUGCGGGAGGCGAGCAUUACUCUGGAGGUUCAGAGGAGCUCUCUGAUGACAUCACACAGCAGCAGCUUCUGCCUGGAGUUAAAGAUCCAAACCUGUGGACUGUGAAGUGUAAGAUCGGAGAAGAGCGAGCCACAGCCAUCGCCCUCAUGAGGAAGUUCAUCGCCUACCAGUUCACUGACACACCUCUACAGAUUAAGUCGGUGGUUGCUCCGGACCAUGUAAAGGGUUACAUCUACGUGGAGUCGUACAAACAGACCCACGUGAAGGCCGCCAUCGAGGGCAUCGGGAACCUGCGCAUGGGCCUGUGGAACCAGCAGAUGGUGCCCAUCAAAGAGAUGACCGACGUCCUCAAAGUCGUCAAAGAAGUCACCAACCUCAAACCCAAGUCCUGGGUCCGCCUCAAGAGGGGGCUGUACAAGGACGACAUCGCCCAGGUGGACUACGUGGAGCCGAGUCAGAACACCAUCUCCCUGAAGAUGAUUCCUCGCAUCGACCUGGACCGCAUCAAGGCCAAGAUGAGCCUGAAGGACUGGUUUGCCAAAAGGAAGAAGUUUAAGAGACCCGCUCAGAGGCUGUUCGACGCAGAGAAAAUCAGGUCUCUGGGCGGAGAGGUCAGCCAUGAUGGAGACUUCCUGAUCUUUGAGGGAAACCGUUACACUCGCAAAGGCUUUCUGUUCAAGAGCUUCGCCAUGUCUGCUGUGAUCACAGACGGAGUGAAGCCCACCCUCUCAGAGCUGGAGAAGUUUGAGGACCAGCCCGAGGGGAUCGAUCUGGAGGUGGUCACAGAGGCCGGUAAAGAGCGAGAACACAACCUUCAGGCCGGAGACAACGUGGAGGUGUGUGAGGGAGAACUGAUCAACCUACAGGGCAAGAUCCUCAGUGUGGACGGGAACAAGAUCACCAUCAUGCCCAAGCACGAGGACCUGAAGGAUCCUUUGGAGUUCCCGGCGCACGAGCUGAAGAAGUACUUCCGGAUGGGCGACCACGUGAAGGUGAUCGCCGGACGAUACGAAGGCGACACCGGCCUCAUCGUCAGAGUCGAAGAGAACUUUGUGAUCCUGUUCUCCGACCUGACCAUGCACGAGUUGAAGGUUCUUCCCAGAGACCUGCAGCUGUGCUCGGAGACGGCGUCUGGCGUGGACGCGGGCGGUCAGCACGAGUGGGGCGAGCUGGUCCAGUUAGACCCUCAGACUGUAGGGGUCAUCGUUAGGCUCGAGAGGGAGACCUUCCAGGUGCUGAACAUGCACGGUAAAGUCCUGACAGUGCGCCACCAGGCUGUGAACCGGAGGAAGGACAACCGCUUCGCCGUGGCCCUGGACUCUGAGCAGAACAACAUCCACGUGAAGGACAUCGUCAAGGUCAUCGACGGGCCGCACUCGGGCCGAGAGGGUGAGAUCAGACACCUGUUCAGAGGAUUUGCUUUUCUUCACUGUAAGAAGCUGGUGGAAAACGGAGGGAUGUUCGUGUGUAAAACGAGGCACCUGGUCCUCGCCGGCGGGUCAAAGCCUCGAGACGUCACCAACUUCACUGUGGGAGGAUUCGCCCCAAUGAGCCCCAGGAUCAGCAGCCCCAUGCACCACGGAGGAGGAGGGGCGCAGCAGCGAGGAGGCGGAGCUGGAGGAAUGGGACGAGGCCGAGGACGAAGAGACAACGAGCUGAUUGGUCAAACCGUGCGCAUCUCCCAGGGCCCAUACAAAGGGUACAUUGGGGUGGUGAAGGACGCCACAGAGUCGACGGCUCGUGUGGAGCUGCACUCGACGUGUCAGACCAUCUCUGUGGACAGACAGCGCCUCACCACGAUGGGGGCGAAGCGGCAGGGCGGCAUGACGUCUGCUCACAGCCGCACGCCGAUGUACGGCUCCCAGACGCCCAUGUACGGUACUGGGUCCAGAACGCCCAUGUACGGCUCGCAAACGCCGAUCCACGAAGGGAACCGCACGCCGCACUACGGCUCACAGACCCCACUGCAUGAUGGGAACAGGACACCGGGUCAGAGCGGAGCCUGGGACCCCAACAACCCCAACACCCCCUCCAGGAACGAUGAGGAGUAUGACUUUGGUUACGAUGACGAGCCGUCUCCGUCUCCUCAGGGAUAUGGCUCCACCCCAAACCCUCAGACGCCCGGGUACCCAGAAGCCCCGUCCCCCCAGGUCAACCCGCAAUACAACCCCCAGACGCCGGGAACGCCCGCCAUGUACAACACGGAGCAGUACUCUCCCUACGCCGCGCCCUCGCCUCAGGGCUCGUACCAGCCCAGCCCCAGCCCCCAGAGCUACCACCACCAGGUGGCGCCCUCUCCUGUAGGAUACCAGAACACGCACUCUCCGGCGUCCUACCACCCCACGCCCUCCCCCAUGGCCUACCAGGCCAGUCCCAGUCCCAGUCCUGUGGGGUACAGUCCUAUGACUCCUGGAGCGCCCUCUCCUGGGGGGUAUAACCCACACACCCCGGGCUCUAACAUCGAGCAGGGGGGCGGAGACUGGGUGACCACGGACAUCCUGGUCAGAGUCAAAGACUCGUUUAUGGACCUGAUGGGACAGACCGGGGUCAUCCGGAGUAUCACGGGCGGGAUGUGCUCCGUGUUCAUGCAGGAGUCAGAGAAGGUGGUGAGUGUGAGCAGUGACCACCUCGAACCGGUCACUCCCACCAAGAACAACAAGGUGAAGGUGAUUCUGGGCGAAGACCGAGAGGCCACAGGCGUCCUCCUGAGCAUCGACGGAGACGACGGGAUCGUCCGAAUGGAGCUGGACGACCAGCUCAAGAUCCUCAACCUCAGGUUCCUGGGGCGUCUGGAGCACUGAGUCACUGAGUCUCUUGUUUUUCGUCUUUAAUGUUUUUAGUCAUUUUCACGUCUUUUGUUUGACAAACACAAACUUGUAUCAUGUUAAUAAAACUGAGCUCGUCUCCAGUGUCUUUACCUC